AUGGAUUUAGAAGCUGUGAAGGUUUGUCCUUACCUUACUGCUAGUGCUUUGUAUUUCAAGACAAAGUUAACGUGCCAUAAUUUCACUGUUUUUAAUUUAGUAACCAAGCACUGCAGUUGUUAUUGGUUCGACGAAACUUCUGCUGAUUUAACGUCUAGCACUUUUGCGACGUUUUUAAUUGAUUAUUUAGAAAGACAUUGUAUUCCACAUCAGUUACCAAUUGUUAUUUACUCCGACGGGUGUACAUACCAGAAUCGUAAUUGUGUGCUGGCAAAUGCACUGCUCCUUUUGAGCAAGCAACAUAACGUAAUCAUAACGCAAAAAUUUUUAGAACCAGGUCACACUCAGAUGAAGUGUGACUCGGUUCACAGUACUAUUGAGCGAAAACUCAAAAAUCGGGAAAUACAUUUGCCUAGUGAUUAUGUCACGAUUACUAAAGAGGCACGAAGCACUAACCCUUAUGAAGCAAUUAAUGUAGAUCAUGAAUUUGUUAAAGAUUAUGCCCGACCUGAAAAUAUGCUUUAUAAAAGUAUUCGACCAGGCCGCAAAGCUGGUGAUCCACAGGUUGUAGAUAUCAGAGUAAUAAAGUACAAUAUUAUGACAAUCGAAGUUAAACUGGGUUUUGACGAACAGUUGAUUCCUUUACCGCACAGACCUAGGUUACUAGCUUCGGAAGCAAUCUAUCCUCCACUACAUCCUAAUAAAAUUCCAAUUACUGUAACGAAGUACAACCACCUGCAACAACUAAAAGCAGUAUUACCUAAAGAUUGCCAUAAUUUUUAUGACACUUUGCCAUUUGUUUGA